UAACCCAAAACCCGCAAUCUAUUUGGGCCGGUAAAACCCUAGAUCCAUACGACCCAAACAAACAUCAUAUCAUUCAAGCAAAGGCUAACCCUAAAUUGCUCUGUCUCUCGUCACUCUCCGGAGAAGAAAUCCAGCUUCAGCAAUGGUGUACGUCAAGGCUCAGAAAUCAAAAGCCUACUUCAAGAGAUAUCAAGUCAAGUUCAAGAGAAGAAGAGAGGGAAAAACCGAUUACCGUGCCAGGAUUCGGUUGAUUAAUCAGGACAAGAACAAAUAUAACACUCCGAAAUACCGAUUUGUGGUUCGCUUUAGCAACAAGGACAUUGUUGCACAAAUAAUAUCUGCUAGCAUUGCCGGCGAUUUAGUUCUUGCUACAGCAUAUUCACAUGAGCUGCCACGAUAUGGUCUUGAAGUAGGACUUACAAAUUAUGCAGCAGCUUAUUGCACUGGUCUCCUGUUGGCCCGAAGAGUCCUCAAAACACUUGAAAUGGAUGAGGAGUACGAAGGAAAUGUUGAGGCUACUGGAGAGGAUUAUUCAGUGGAACCUGCCGAGAGCAGGAGGCCAUUCCGUGCACUCCUUGAUGUUGGUCUUGUUAGGACUACAACAGGAAAUCGCGUCUUUGGUGCCCUUAAGGGAGCUCUGGAUGGGGGUUUGGAUAUUCCUCACAGCGACAAGAGGUUUGCUGGGUUUGAUAAGGAGAAGAAGGAGCUUGAUGCCGAGGUUCAUCGCAAAUAUGUUUUUGGUGGACAUGUUGCUGCCUAUAUGAAGAUCUUGGCAGAAGAUGAACCAGAGAAAUACCAGUCACACUUCAGCGAAUACAUCAAGCGUGGGAUAGAGGCUGAUGGUAUUGAGGCACUUUACAAGAAGGUUCAUGCUGCCAUCCGUGCUGAUCCUACUCUGAGGAAAUCUGAUAAGCAGCCCCCGAAGGAGCACAAGAGGUACAACAUGAAGAAGCUGACUUAUGAGGAAAGGAAGGCUAAGUUGAUUGCACGUGUGGCGGCUAUCAACUCUGCUGCUGAUAGUGAUGAAGAUGAUGAGUGAAAGUUCAUUGCAGAUGCUGUCCCAUAGCUGCCCAAGUAGAAACUAUCUUAUUUUGUGUCCACUGAAUCAUUUUCUUUAAAAUCUAUUUGCCUGUGCUGUUUAUUUUCUUGGUCCAAAUUUUUUUUCUAUAUAUACUUUUGCCUUCCAGAAAAAAUAAAUUCUAGGUCCAAAAUUUGUAUACUUUUUGGAAUUGAGUAGGUCUUAUUUUUGGUCAGUUUCGUGUUAGCUUAAAUUGAUGUUUUACCUUAUAAAAUCAGUUUUUGUUAACCUGAGGUGUGAUCGUAA